GAAAAAUAUUUGUUGACAGUGAAGUUUUAAGUUAAAGAAAAUAAAAAGGAAGUCAUGAAAGUUUUUGUGUUUCAGUUUUAAAAAGAAAUUUAAUAAUACAAUUUAAACCUUAAGAUUAUUUCAUCAAAGUUAUAAUGAUCUUAACUUUACUAUUAAAAUAAAUUUAAAUUUUUUAGUGCAUUUAUAGUAAAAGCCGGUUUGCUCUGUGUUUACUUACAUUAGUGGGAUACAGUUGAAGGCAAUUGUUUGCGAUGGGCGAGGAGAACCAGUUCUGCCUGCGAUGGAGCAACUACCAGCAGCAGCUGGGGGAAGCAUUCCGCAUGCUGCUCGAGCGGGAGAUGCUGGUGGACGUGACGCUGGCGUGCGACGGCAGGUCGCUCAGGGCUCACCGCGCCGUCCUCUCUGCCUGCUCCAGCUACUUCCAGGGCCUGUUCCAAGAGAGCACGCACUCCCACCCGAUCGUCAUCCUGAAGGACGUGAAGUUCGAAGAACUGGAGUCCCUGGUGCACUUCAUGUACAACGGCGAGGUGACGGUUGGCAACGACUCCCUGCCUGGCUUCCUGGACACUGCAAAGACUUUGCAGAUAAGGGGGCUCACCGUCGGGCCAGACGAUGUCGCUGAAUCCUCCAAGAUCAAUUCAGCGGCAUCAGAUGAACUCUCAAAUGACAGUGCCACAGAAGAGCAGAAGACUGAUUUAGAAACUGUGAAUACCAGGAGUGCAGAGUACUUCUGCAACCCAAAAAGAAUCAAAACUGAGCACGGCACAUUGGCUGAUCCUACUGAAGAUGUACAGCAUCAAGAUGAUAUCAGUUUUUCGGACACAUCAAAUGUUGCUACACGUGUCAACAGUAAUACUGGACAAUGCAGCUUUAAAUCUUUAAACCUUGAAGUUGUAUCUUCCGAAUCGUACAGAUCUGAGCGAGAUCAUGGCCGUAAUAGUGUGUCGCACAUGGUCGAUACCAUUGGUCAUUCGUUACAAGCAGGGCAAGCGGAUGGAACAAGAUCUCCCAGCCAGUUUCCUUUGAACCAGAACCACGGGCUGCACCAGUCCGUCUUCCCGCACCACCGUUCGGGCACGGGGUUCUCUGCCCGGCCCUUCAGGCACCGCGUGCUGUGGGGCACGGAGCAGCUGGCGCAGCUGGAGUCGUGGUACGCCGCGGACCGCUACCCGUCGGGCCAGACCAUGCGGCGGUACGCAGACGCCCUGGCCAGCCUCAACCCCAACUCGUACAGCCCCACCCGCCAGAACGUCGACUACUGGUUCCAGAACCGGCGGCGGCGAGACAGCCACCCGGAGGUGAUGCAGCAGCGCGAGAAGAAGAAGAUGGCUCGCACUCUGUGGGGCCAGAUAAUGGACCAGAGGAUGGCUCACAGCUGAUUAGCAGCCUCGCCCCACCAGUUGGUCCCUCACUGUCCGUUGGGUUGAAUCAAGCUCGUUCGUUCCUUUUUUUUUAUAGAUCUUUCAUUAGCAGUUGAUGGCAGUAGGACUCAUGUAGUAACAUACGUGAGGAAAAUCCUAACGGUUUGUGUGGUUCCGCACAGGCAGAAUUUAGAUAGAAAUAUGAUAGUUUAUACCACUUCACAACUCUUUGCAAACCAUUCAUGGAUAAUAUAUAUUCAACUUAAAAAUUCUCUUACCGUGAAAAUUAAGUGAUUCAAAAUUAUUUGUGAGUCAUGUAUGCAAACACUCCCGUUCCAGAAAUAUAGAUCCAGUAGUUUUUUUUUUUUCAUGCAAUUUUCUACUUCAUGAUAAAUUAUGCUCUUCACUCUGUUGCAGGGGUUGUGUGGUUCGGCGGAAUUUUAACUCUCUCUCAUAAGGGACAAGUUUAUACAUUGUUUUUUUUCUUUUAGUUACAAAAAAAAAAGCAAGAUUUUGGUCCAUACUUCCUGUAGUCAGAAAUUUUUUGGUUCUAGAUAUGUGUUUACUUUUUAGCCAGUGUAUGUCAGAGGAGUGGAAGAAGCACAGCAUGUGUACAUGUUGUUUAGUGUUAGAAUUAGUUGUCUUGUGCCAUUAAUAGAGCCAAGAUUAUAUGGUUUUAUGCGAAAUCGCGAAUUUUCACGCGAAAUUCAUCCCAAACCGCGAAAAAUGCGAAAUGUUUUCUAACCACAAAUAAACACCUCAAUAUUGAUUUAAAUCGUUAACUACCGACUAUUGGUUGAUUGACAAAAAUUCCGUAUCUGUUUGUAGAAGAAAUGGUCGUCAUCCAACUGCAGUGUGGUGGUUAUUUAAUGCGUUAAUUAUUCAUCUUAAAAAAUUACAAGAUAUCACAAAAAUUGACGAUUUCACGAACAAAAAAAAGAUCGUUAUCGGAGUUAGGUUAGGGUUUUUAAACGCAUCUAGCCACUAGAGAUCACGCAAUAUUAACAACUGACAAUCGUAAACUUAAAAUUAUCAAGUUAACAAACACAACAACGUGAAAAAUCUCAGCGCCUUGUUUGCUGUAGAGGUGGGUUGUUACAGCAAUUUUCGAUAUCUGUUCCAACCUGAUACUGAUACAGCAUUGUACCAUGUUACAAGUCUCUGAUACUUCUGUAUCAGACGGUCCCAGGAGGCAACAAAGCUCCGCGUACGCAGACCGUGCGACCGGAAGGAGAAUCUGAUACAUUAUUUAUCACGCCUGGUAAUUCUCAACCUCUGAUACUCUCAUGCCCGCCUGAUACAGCCAGUAUCAAUCAGUUCAACAUUCACUGCAGUUCGUCCUGGCCGUGUAUCACCAUGUUGCGGGCUGUCAUGCUUUGUAGUUAGUAUCUUUAUAGUGAAAUAAGGAAUGGAUAAGUGCACGAAAAAGACUUCAUUUGUGUGGAAUAUUUUCACGGAAAAUAAUGAGUUUGCUAAUUGUAAUUUGUGUAAACAAAAACUGAGUUAUAAAUCAUCGACUAAUCUGAAGAAACAUUUGAAACGUAAACAUUGAUAUAGUAUGCUCACUAAUGUACCUAUCUGUUUUUUUAUUUUUUAUUUUUGAUAAAAUCGUGAAUUUUUAAUGUAUAAAAACACUAGUUACUAAUUGUUUUCGAAAAAAGAAAGUCCAUAUGUUGAUUACAUCUGUUAUUAGUGUCAACUGAGAAUUUAUUUGCAUUUUCAUAGCUGUUAGGUGCACAAAUAUAAAUAUUAUAUCUUGUAUUAAUGUACUUUUUAAUAUGAAAAUUUCAUUAGUUUUAUUAUUGAACGAGACGGUGCACGCACUGCGCACUGAGCGUACUUUGAAGUAGGACAAUAAACAAAACGACUUGUAACCAGGGCUGCCACUCUGAUAUUCAUGAAAAACCUAGAUAACCUACAAAAAAAACCCAGACACAUGGGUAAAAACCCAGAUGUGUCUAAAAUGCUAUUGUUGAAAAUGUUUGCGUACUAAUUCAAAAAUAUAAACAUAACUGGUUUUAAUAUAAAACAAUUAAUUACCUUACAAGACUGAAAACGGUUAAAUACAACCAAUACAAGAAAAUUACACUGCAGCAAAAUGGCUGUAGAAGUAAUUCUUGGACCAGCACAUAUCAUAAAAAAACCUACAAAUAUAUACAUGACAAAACAAACACCAUCACUGCAUUCUUUAAACCGGUAAUUGUUUUUAUAAAACUGCAUCAUGUACGUUAGUCUUUAUUCAGAGUCUGAUUCUACAAGAUUGGUUUGAAGGUUAAUUGUUGCAUUGGUUUUGUGUUCUGCAAGCCUCUUUGAAGAAUGUGUCUAAUUUAAUAUUCGACUUAGCUUCUUGAAAACUAGUUUUGUGUUUAUAUGUAUUUUUGUGUGUGAAACACAUACAGUAGAAUACCGGUACAACGUACCUCAUUAUAACGUAUAUUUCAAUUUAACGUAUUUUUUUUAAGUCCCCGCCAAAAAUCGUAUCUUCACCAUGCAAAACUGUUUCAGUUUAAAGUAUCAUAUUUUCACUAUAACGUAUAAAUUCUACUAGUAGCGUGGCAUUACUACACCAAAAUUUACUUAAACUGGUAAAUAAAUUUCCAGCUAAAUGAUUAAUGUUGUAGAACAAACAUUAACAAAUACCACCGCGACGUAUUUUCUAACCUCUAAACCCUCAAAACAAAGUUAACAAACAGUUGCGCGCACUACCAUAGAUUAAACCAUACGUAGUAUGCGACGUGAGCAACACAACACCAUUCGAUACAUCGAAACACGGAAGUUUGAGAGAAGUAUUAAUUAUUUAGACAAAAGUGUUACGCUACGCUAAUAUACUGUUUGACGUCUGUGCCGGGAUUGUUUAUUGUUAUUGUUGAGUUUAUUUUCAGGUUACGUUAUUUAGACACUGCAUUGUAUUUGUGCUACAAAAUGAGUGACUCUGGAGAUAAAAAGAAACGAAAGCAAUAAACGCUUAAGGAAAAAGUGGAAAUAUUAAGGGAACUAGACAAGGGGAAAAAGCAAGUCGCAGUUGCGAAGACAUAUGGCAUUGCGGCGACAACUGUUAGUACUAUUGUAAAAGACCGGGCAAAUAUUGAAAAGAUGUAUGAAGAAUCUUUGUUUGGUUGUGACCGCAAAAGGCUUCGUUCCGGCGAUCAUCAAGGUUUGGAAGAUGCCUUGAACAAAUGGUUGAGGGAAGUACGAUCAAAUAAUGUUCCUGUAACUGGCCCAAUGUUGCAAGCUAAAGCAAAACAGUUUGCAUUGCUUAUGGAGAUUCAAGACUUCCAAGCCAGUUCGGGGUGGUUGCACCGGUUCCGGGAACGACGUGGUAUAUCAUGGAAGGUUGUUUGUGGGGAGGACAAAGAUGCAGACUCAGAGGCAGCAAACCAGUGGAAGGAAGUAAAGUCGGAGAGUAUUUUUAAAUCAUACUCAGUAGACAAUAUUUUCAAUGCUGAUGAAACUGCAUUUUUUACAAGCUUUUGCCGAACAGGACAAUGGCAUAUAGGGGUGAAAAAUGCACUGGAGGGAAAAAAGCAAAUGAAAGGUUGUCUGUGUUGUUUUUUUGCAACGCCACAGGAACAAAAAAAUUGAGGCCAUUAAUCAUUGGUAAACACAAGUCUCCCAGGUGUUUCAAGGGAGUUUCUUGGCUUCCUGCUGAUUAUGCAAGCAACACCCGUGCAUGGAUGACAAGAGAACUGUUCUCAAACUGGCUCAUGAAAACCGAUAAGGACAUGAAGAAAGAGGGAAGAAAAAUUCUUUUGUUGGUAGACAACUGCGCAGCACACACUGUUGAUCUUCGACUGUAAAACAUCAAACUGAUGUUUCUGCCACCUAACUGCACAUCUCAGUUACAGCCCCUUGACCAAGGCAUUAUUCAGAAUGCUAAAGUGCAUUUUCGAAAACGUCUUGUUGAGAGGUUGCUCAUCAACAUUAGGUUGAAAGUGCCCACCAACAUCAAUGUUCUUCAGGCAAUUGAGAUGAUUACUGGUGGAUGGUGGAAUGUUCAGCCAGAAACUAUUGCCAACUGCUGGAGAAAGUCUGGCAUUGUUAACUGUAACACUGACGAGCUCACUGCAACUUCAUCAGACCAGGAUGCAAGCCAUACUACAGCACAAACAUGCGAAAGCAAUGACAUUGACCCUGAAGUAUGGCAAGAAGUGUCAACCUCCAUGCAGUGUGAUGCUGUUUAAUUCACAGACUAUGUGUCUGUGGAUAAUGAAACAGAAACAACACCAGUGUUGACUGACAGUGACAUCGUUAGUGAAGUCAUUCAAUCACAGUCAUCAAAAGUCGAAUCAGAUGAUGAUUCUGACACUGAGGAGCCGCCUGUGACAGCUACAGAAGCUAUUCAGAGCUUAGAGAAACUGAACAAAUUUAUCUCUAAACACGAAAAGAUUCCAGAAGGGAUCAGGAAAUCUUUCUAUGAGAUAGAACAUUUUGUUCAACAGAGCAUCAUUCAAGCUCAAAAACAAACUGAAAUAACAGAUUUUUUUUUUAAAAAUAACUAAACUUAAGUUAUACAUACACACCAAUGUUUAACUGAAGUCAGAUGUUGGCCAAAAAAUAAUGUAUCUUAUAAUGUCGCUAUUUUUUUAAUAUUUUUUUUUCUCUUUGUAAAGAUGAUAUGUAUGUAUGUUUCAGUACUAAGUACUUUCAGUACUAAGUACAAAAACGUGAGGUCCCUGUAAGUACUUAGUACUGAGAUUCUACUGUAGACUUGUUUGCAUUUAUCAAACAGAUAUUGCAACAGAUACAGUAGCUACUACCUUUAUUAUUGUUUUAGGUAUAAAAUAAUUAAAAUUAUAAAAAACCUAGAAUUGUUGGAAUUCAUUAUUUAAAAACCCAGAAACCCAAACACCAUUGGAAAAACCCAGAUCUGGGUGGAAAAACCCAUGAGUGGCAGCCCUGCUUGUAACAAUAUCGCUUUGCGCCUCUCCUUCAAGGCUUCAACGCCUUCCCCUGCGCUUCCUCCCCUACAUUCAUUCCCUUCUUUAUCCCUUAUUCGUCGUUCCUGCUCCCUCCCCUUUCACAAGCUCCGCCCAAGUGACCGUCAUCUGCGAUCGGGUACUGCGCUCAUUGGCUGUGGUGUUCCAGGUGAAUUUGAACUGAUACUAAAGUCUCUGAUACUUUUCAAGUGUACUCGUUUGCCGUUCCUGAUACAGGCACGUAUCAGUGACAAAGUAUCAGGUUGAUACUUUUCGACCCACCUCUAGUUUGCUGUAUCCUUUGAAAAAUACACCUGAAAAAAAACUGUAUUCAUUAAAUAAAUACGUAUGAAAAUAAAAUAAAAGCGAACAUUGAUAUUUAAUGAUCACUUAAUAUUUAAUGAAAUUUCACUGUAACGCAAUUUUGUGUGCUUGUUGAAUAAGCAGUUUACCGUGAAGCCUUCAUUUUCAUUUCACACUUCACAGGCGAGAGUGCCAAAGUCGUAACAUAAUCGAAGUUUUCCGAUCGCUAAUGAAAAAGCACCAUAUUGCAAGGAUUUAUUUAUUUUACGGUCAUUAAAUAUUUUAAAUAACGCUUACCUACCCAACCCUCCCGGAAAAUAAAUAAAAACAUUUAUUUCACUGACCUGACAUAACCUAACCUUUUACUUCGGGUUGAGUAUAUGGCUCUCGCCUGUAAAAAGUAGGCUUCCCGCGGUUUAUUUUUUCGCUAAAACUUCAGUAAAUACUAGUUUUUGGUACCUCCGGGCUUUGUUUACAAAUGACGUGCAUAAAUGAAAGCUAAAUUUCUUAAUCAUGCCGAAAAAUAAAGCUACUGCGGCAUCACGUGCUGACGAGUUUAAGAAUGAGGGAUUAUAUGUCAGUGACGGAAAAAUACUUUUCUGUAAAUAUUGUAAUUGCCGUUUGGAGCAUGAACGUUAAGGACACGGUAAACAAGCACAUAAUUAGCGACAAACAUGUAAAAGCUAAACGAUCCCCAUGCACUUUGAAACGACAGCUUUCUAUCCCAGAAGCAGGAGUGGCGCAAAUAUGCGCAAAAAAACAAAAGGAAGAUUUUGUUCUCGAAACUGUUGAAGCCUUUGUAGCUGCAGGUAUUCCUCUUGAGAAACUUGACAACAGCAAGCUGACUGAAUGGAUGCAGAAGCAUGUAAGUGGUGCUGGUGAUCUUCCAACAGCGGAUUGGAUGAGGAAAGUACAUUCCCCUACUUAGAGAGAAAAAAGAAGUGGAAAUCAAGCAGCAGCUCUUGGGGCAAGAUGUGGUCAUACUCGCAGAUGAAACCACUGACAAGAGUAAUAAUUGUGUUUUCAACAUCUUGUUUAAAAUUCUGAAACCAUGUGCUGAACAAGAUGUUAUCUUAGGGGCUUCUUGUGUCCUUGAUGCAGCAAAUGCUGUUUGUUGUUCUCGGGCAGUGAUUGAUGUAUGCUCCAAAUAUGAAGUCAAGGAAGAAAACAUAAUUGUGUAUGUUACAGAUAGUGCCAGGUACAUGACAAAAUCUGCUGGUACCCUUGAAGGUGUAUUUGGUGACCACAUGUACCACAUACAAUGUUGGGCCCAUAAAGUAAACAAAAUGAAAGCGGAUUAUCCUGAAUUUGCAGCUGCUGCUUUAAAGUUAAUAUGGAUACCUGCAACGAAUGUGGACUCAGAAAGAUCUUUUUCUAAGUAUUCUGUAGUUGUGACAGAAGAAGAUCUCUAAAACCAGAGAAUGCUGAACUGCUGACAAUGGUGGCUUUUUCCUGAGCUUAAUUAUAUUGCAUUUAUAGAACAAAAGUUUAACUGUAGUUUCUAUUUUAAUUAAUUUAGACUCUCUCCUGAACUCAGGAACAGUACUUACCUGCAUAAGAAUACUGAAUAUUUUAGUUGUUAAUUUUUUAUGUACUCUCAACAUAGUAUUGUUUAAUGUGCAUAUUUUAAGUCUCUAACCACAAAUUAUUGAAGCAUUUGAUCAAGGCAGCUCUGCUAGGUGUGUACAUGUUAUUACAUGUGUUUUAAUUUUUUAUGACGAUAAAGACGAAAUCCACAAUUCUUAAUGACGAAAAGUCCUUUUUCAUAACACCAUAAAAUCUUGGCUCUAGCCAUUAAUUGUUUAUGUAUAUUUAAAUUUAAUUUUUUUUCUAGUCAUACUAUAUUAAGUACUUGUGUAAGCACUGCCAAUGAUGUCACUUUCUUUUAUUACUAAAAACGUGAUGUGCAAAUUUAUUCCGUGAGGUGAUCCGAAGAUAAUCAUUAUGCAUGUAGGUAUUUUUGAGCUCUCUUGUUGUAGACUCGUGUAGGCCAGACUAGCAUGCGACUAAAAUAACAUAUUUUUAAGGCUCUGUCUCACCUCCCCUCUCCCCUUCCAAGUUUUUUUAAAUUUAUUUUCUCUUAUUUACAUACUAUUAUUGAAAGGAUUUUCCAGUAAAUUUGUCAUGAUAGCUCUCCUGCAUUUGUUGUGUGAUAAUUAUGAACUCUCGCAUGACUGUUUACCGCUAUUGGAUAAUAUAUAAUAAUUAAUAAAUAUCUGUAGGGAAAAUUUGAGACUAAACACAAAUGCAUGAAAGCUAUCAUGAUAAAUUCACAGGAAAAGCCUGUAAAUGAUACUGAUUACAUGGCCUAUGGGAACGAGCCUUUAAGCUUGACAGUUAAGAAGGGAAUUAAAAUGAGUGGGGAGAUUGAAAGUUUGGUGUACUUCAGUGCCUGUAGCUGUGGGUGGCACCGAACCACCCUCCAUCUCACCCUCUUUCAUUCCACUUCCCCGCCAGAUGUCAUUUAGUUUUUCGAUUAUAGCAGGCUUGACAGCCGCAAGAAUCGUUAUAAAUUUUCAUAUUAGAUAGUAGGUUGCAAGCAUGUCAUGUUCGCAAGUGGGCAAAUAUGAUAUUUAUCGUUAUUUUUGUAAUAAUUGGAAUAUUAAUAUGGCUUAUUGCUCCAAUUGUGUGUAGGUUUCAUAAGCAAUCAUCUUUGAGUUGUAUUACUGUGUGAAUUGCUCCGACAAGAUUGUCAGAAUUAAAAUUGUUCUCUUCUCAACCAUGACUUCUAUGAAUCAGAGGAGGGGAAAUGCCCGAACUAUAGUAUAGCUAUCGCUAAAUAUAUUAAUUUAUGGUCUUGAAGGUCAGCUUACACAGCAAGGUAAGGAAAUUCAAACAGAAUCUUUGGAGUGCUAAUUAGGUUGAAUAAUUCUUUCCUUUCCUGCAAGUCACAACUGUGCUAGUGUGCCUAAUGCUUACACAUGUAUGUAAAUUUAAGCAACACUAGUCGUGAAAAGCUUUUGAACUAGUCAGGCAAAGAGAACACUGUGCAACUAUUUGUGGUUACAUAGAUACUCGCCACCCUCACCUGAGCACUAGUUCUCCCAUGUUGUGUAAAAAAUAACAAAAAUAGUGUGUGAGGAUGAAGUGAAGGUGAUUUAACCUUGUAAUUCACUAGUUUUUCCAGCUUCACAGAUGUCUUGGUUGAGUUAAAUAUGUUGGUGUCUAUGAUGGAAAACAGACAUUCAGUGCAGAAACAUUGUAGUUUUGGCAUUUGAGACAAUGACAGAAUUUUAAGACAAGAUCAUGUUUACAGUAAUGAAUAAAAUAAAAUAAAAACUAUCCACCCUUAAUUAGGUGAUCAUGUGGUCUCGUGUAUGAAAGCAAAUAGCACAUUCUUGUUAAGAUGUGUGCCAUUGCAUUGUGUGUAGAGCUGGGCCAAUACUGAUUUCCGGUCGAUUAAUCUGUGUUGGUAUUGUCAUCUUACCGAUUUUCGCGAGCAGAAUCAUGCUCGCCCAUAUUUCACUAUGAUCAGUGAAUGUAUUUAUCCGCAGAAGGUUUUUCCAGUCACUAUCUGUGUCUGUCUUUUCCCUUACUUCUAAACUACAAAAUGGAUUUUGAUGCUGUUUUCACCAUCAUUUAGAGAAUUUUUUGAUGCUUAUAAGUACUUUCUUAUUAAAUCUAAUUGUCACCACAUUAGGAGAUUUCAGCAAUGCAAAGACAGGGUGGGUCGCUAGUGUGAUACAUUUAAAGGAAAUUUUUUUCUCAGUGUGUACAUUUUUCUAUAUCUAUUUUUGUUUUAUUUAUGUAAGCUCACGAUAAUAUUUACUUUGAAAAAAUAAUUACUUUGAAAAUAAAAUAAAAAGUAGAUUUUUUUAACAAUCUGGAACACAUCACAUUUGGGUAAAAAAAACCAGUAUUUAACAUAUUUUAGUUUACUUAUCAUAAAUGAAAUUGAACAAGGGCAAGUACGAAAUAGGUCCUUGGGUACUGUGAUCGCUAAGGCAUAUGGUUAUGCUGUGUGACUCAACUUAAGAGCACCGAGUCGUAUCAAACAUGGUUCACAGCCCGUUGUAAUUACAGAUAUCCUAUUGUGCAACGUGAACCAUCAAUCCAUUCCAAAGGUUGGUAAGCGGCAAAUGUAAAGCGAAGCAUUAACGGCAUGGUUAAAUGCUGAGAUAUUUCAACUAAACAGUUUUUUACUUCCUUCUGAUUGUGACAUAUUUCUUAAAAACUAAUCAUUUAAGCACGUAAUUAACCACACAUUUGUGAACUAACUUAAUUCAAAAUUAACUUUUUCCUUUAUACCAUGCAUCAGAGUCUGUAAAAAAUUACUGCAAGCUGCUGAUAUUUCUAAUAAAUCUGGUGUUAAAAAAAUACAUUUUGGUGCCUAUUUUUCCAGUGCUUCAAUUUUAUUCUUUCGGUAAAUUUGUGUCAAAAUUUUAUUUUUAUCAAUAUCCUGGAGUGAAGUAAAAUAGACGUACAUAUUCACCGCAGUAUUUGUUUGCAUGUCAGUAGAGACAAAACCAUAUAGAAAAGUAAGUAGUUAGGUAAUUUAAAACUUCAUCUGUUCAAAUAUUAGUUUGUGUUGCCCACGUUAUUUAAAAAAAAUUAUGAAGACAUGAAACCAACAUGUUUCGUAUCAUGGUGCUAUUUUUUUUUUUUUGAAAGGAUGAUCAGAAUCAGUUAUAGGCCAGAUCGGCAGCAAGUGGAUCUGUAUCAGCAUGAGCGACCAAAUUCCCGGAUCGGCCUAGCUCAUAUUGUCUGUUUGUGUUUGUGCGAGCACAUUCAGUGGUGUAACCCCAGAACAUGGAUGGCGAAACGACAUGCGUGCCAGCGGUGGCCCGCGACAAAAAUAAUUUGGGCACACCAUGUUCUUACUUGAUUUCUAAAAGUAACUAAGUACAAGCCUGAUUUUUGCAUCUAAUUUGCAACAGCAGAAAUCACACUAACCUUUUCUUUUAUUUGGAUAAACGUAAUAUAGUAAACAUUUUGAUUGCUGUACAAAUUUCUAGUUGCAAAUAAAGAGUUUUUAAGUAACAUCUAGUUUUAUAUCUAUCCAUUAUUAUUAUCAUCACUAAGUCAAAUUUUUUUGAUGGCACAUGAUCAUCACCAUUUUCCCCCCCAUAAAUAUGGCAAGAUCACCAAUAAAGAUUUGCCAUCUCUGCCCAAGGAGGUUAAUUAAUUAGUUAUGAAUUUGCACAUCUUACGUUUCCUCGAACAGGAAGGUAGCCAGUGAGUUGGGUGCCCGGGUGCCCAUGCAACAGCAACUUAUGUACUGUCACGUAAGAUUACCUGUCAUGCAAGACGGGUGGCGUCUUCAAACUCUUUGGACUUGCACAAAUGUUUUUCUUAAACACCGGAAAAUACACAUAGGCCUGCAUUUCUUCACAAAGAAAACAUUAAGAUUUGUCUCUGCUGUAAAAAUUUUUAAAUAAUUUUUUUCUCCCUUAUUUUUUUACAUUUGUUUGCUGUAUUUAUAUUUUAAAAGUGAUUUUUAGGUAAAAAAAAAUUACACACAAAUCAGUAAAGUAAGAAAAGAUCAAAUAUAUCACCUGAAAUAUUAAUUUAUGAAUGUAAUAUGCGACUUUAUAUAGUGAGUGUAUAUGUGUUUUUUAUUUAAAAAAAAAAUAAUGUAUGUUUGAAAAUCCAAACUGAGAUCUGUAAUUUUUUUUUUGUAUACCAAAUCAUGUCCAUGUGCUUUUUACUUGUAAGAUUACAUUUAUUAAUGCAAACCUGUCUUAUUUAAGUAAUGACUGAAUAGAUGAAAAAUAUUGAUGUGUUCAUAAAUAGCGUGAGUCAAAAGUCUUAGCACGUAAGAAUGUAAUUUUUGUUUUGUGACAUUUGUGUGUGAUAUAGAUUUGAUGGUUCCUAGAUGAUAACUAAUAGUACUGUAGAACUCUUAAUAAAUUCUACAGUAUGAUGGUAUGUCACUUAUGUACUAUUUAAAUGUUGCCUUCUGCUUAUGCAAUGUUGUUUUCAUGGCACAUAACUAAAAUGCAGAAGAUAUAAUUGCUGUGGCAUAUUAUAAAAUGUGCUGAAAUUUUUUUUUGCUGUUUUAGGGGCUUGGAAACCCAAGCAUUGAUAAACUUGAAAAUUUUCACUGUCAUUUGUUAUUACAUACUUCAUAGUUUUUAGAGCCAUGGUGUGGCAGAAUCUAUUUUCAUGCUAUGAAAUUUCACUUUUGUAAGCAAAAACUGUCCGUAUUUCACAAUGGACAUAUGUAUGUUGGAUUGGAACUUAGCAUCUAUAAGGUCACAGCUAUUUACUACCUAGGUAAUUCUUAUCAUCACCUUUGAAUUGAUUUUACUGGUAGUCAUAAGAUCAUUGUGUUAAAUCAUACACAAUCAUUUUUCAAUUUUAUUUGUAGAACUGAUGCCAUAACUUUUUACUUUGUAGUAAAAUGACAUAAAACUA